GACGGGGCGCCCUGCCCAGUGGAGGGAGCUGAGGCGGGAAGGCUCCAGGGGGCGGCUCCAGGCGGCAGACUCUGUACCCUCAGGACUAACCUGGGCACCUGGGGAGGGCGCGGGGGACGUCAGGAAUCCCAACCAGGUCUGACUUCCUCUCUGGGCGACCGGGCGCCCAGGUUCUGGACGCCGGCCAGGGAGGCGGCACCGCGCGGGUCCUCGGCGCUUCCUGCGCGCGGGGGACGCGGAGGAGGAGCGCGGAGGAGCAUGCGGCGCGGGGACAGCGCACCGGGAGGGCUCGCAGGUGGCGACAUGGAGGACGGCGGCGUGCUCAAGGAGGGCUUCCUCGUCAAGAGGGAAAGCUGUUAGCUGUCAUCUCACAAAUGGGCUCUAAGUGCGGGACAGAGUGGAGAGAGCAGAAGUGUCAAGUUCAACUUGACGGCCUGAGUGCUCUCGUGUGAACAGCUUGAUCAGCAGGCAGCGUGGGAACACCUGGACGCACAGCACUCAGCACACACCGAGCACGGCACAGAGUCACAGCACGCAGGUGUGAGGGCGGCAGGGAAUAGGCGCUCGGUGAGGAAAUGAGCGAAUCAGGAAAUGGUCUCUGAUUCAGCAGACAUCCCCCCAUCCUCUGGUCUGUUCUAGAAACAGGCUCUCUGCCUUCAUUGGACUGUGCUAUCCAUGGACUCUAUGGUCCUUCUGAGAGCUCCCAAACUACCCUGCCUUGUAGGCCUGGCGUGGCAGGGUCACAUUGUCCACAACUGGAAGGCGCGAUGGUUCGUCCUUCGGCAGAACACGCUGCUGUACUACAAGCUCGAGGGGGGUCGGAAGGUGAACCCUCCCAAGGGCCAGAUCCUCCUGGAUGGCUGCACCAUCACCUGCCCCUGCCUGGAGUAUGAAAAUCGACCUCACCUCAUUAAGCUGAAGACUCGCACAUCCACAGAAUACUUCCUGGAGGCCUGUUCUCGGGAGGACAGGGACGCCUGGGCCUUUGAGAUCACAGGAGCGAUUCACGCUGGGCAGCCGGGGAAGGUCCAGCAGCUCCACAUACAGAGAAACUCCUUCAAGCUGACCCCUCACAUCAGCCUGCAUGGCAUCGUGGACAAGAUGCACGACAGCGGGAGUGGAAUCCGGCCAAGCCCCAACCUGGAGCAGGGAAGCACCUACAAAAAGACCUUCAAUGGCUCCUCCCUGGUGGACUGGCUCAUCUCCAACAGCUUUGCAGCCAACCGUCUGGAGGCCGUGACCCUGGCCUCCAUGCUCCUGGAGGAGAACUUCCUGAAGCCAGUCGGCGCCCGGAGCUCGGGAGCCGUGCGCUCUGGGGACCUGGCUGAGCAGUUCCUGGAUGACUCCACCGCCCUGUACACCUUUGCGGAGAGCUACAAGACGAAGAUAAGUCUCAGGGAAGACAUUAAUCUGAGCACCAUGGAGUUGAGUGGCACGGUGAUAAAGCAAGGCUAUCUGGCCAAGCAGGGCCACAAGAGGAAGAACUGGAAGGUGCGGCGCUUUGUUCUGAGGAAGGAGCCGGCGUUCCUGCAUUACUACGACCCUUCCAAAGAAGAGAACCGGCCAGUGGGUGGGUUUUCCCUUCGUGGUUCACUCGUGUCUGCUCUGGAGGACAAUGGCGUUCCCACCGGCGUUAAAGGGAACGUCCAGGGAAAUCUCUUCAAAGUGAUUACUAAGGACGACACACACUAUUACAUCCAGGCCAGCAGCAAGGCUGAGCGAGCCGAGUGGAUCGAAGCUAUCAAAAAGCUAACGUGACGGGGACCUGAGAGACCAGGACCAGGAUUCCUCCCACCUUCCCGAUGACACUGACAGGGGUUCCCAGAAAAUGAGUGUUAAUGUAACUUUAUUUUGUACUGUUUUGGAGUGAGUCUACUGAAAAGUUUCCUAGAUUACAAUGGGCAACGGUGCUAUUUCCUUCCCCACCUUCAUGUUAACAACCUGGAAAUGCUAGAACAGCCAUUAGGCGUCAGCAUGUUGACUUUCGCCAAUCAUCACAGCCGGCCAUUCCUUGGACACCAAAGUAGGUUUGCCUUAUAACACUAACUGGCCACAUUAUACUUCUAAAUAAAGCUAGUCUCAUGGCACUGCCUCUGAAAUGCUGUCAACAGCUAUUAACUCCUUCUUUAGGAUUAAUAAAAAUUGGCAUUUGUUUCUGGCUAUUAGAAUUCCCUUCCAAAGUUUCAGUUUUCAAAGGUUUUUCAUGCUUGAGACUAUAGGAAGUAAGCGAGGUGAUUAUGAAGACACCUCAAAUGAUCUCUGUGACUAAGACAUGCUUCCUUGCAAAGUGGGAUGGUGGCAAAAUUUUGCUUGAACAUUCAUAGAAUAUUGUUUUCCUUUGAAAAAUAAGCUUGCAUUAAGUAUUACACAUCACAGAAAAAGCAUGGACUCAGUUGAAGAGAUUAGUCACACAUACUAAAAAAAGGGUAAAAUUAUAGCUUUCCUGUGGAAAAUACCAUAUAGAAAGAAGCAGAGCAGAGCUCUCUAAAGGACAGAGAAAGAUAUAAACAGGAAAAGAGUUAAAUCAAGGCAUGAAAUAUUUGGUUUGAAAGUGAACAUUGAGACAAAUAUUGUUGGAAGGUUAACCUGCAGUAGUGAAAAGUCUGUAUCAUACAAUUAUUUUAAAAAACAUUUUUAUUGCUUUCAAGUUCAUACAGUAAACUGGCACAAGAUACUGCCAGCAUUCUUGCUUAGUACAAGUACUUAGACUUCCUUUAAUGAAUAGGUUAAGAUCUGUAACUGACACUUAGGGGGACUAGAUACUUCCGAAGUAAACAUUUGUCCUUGGUUUGAA